UUGAGCGGUUAGCUACUAUCACAUUCGACCGCUGACUACUUAAACAUCCUCCUUCAGCUUUCAUCUCCAUACUCCAUAGCUGUAACCUGCAACAAACAACAAUGGCGUCCUCUGUUGUCUUGUUUCCAGGCAUUGUUUGGUUCCUAUGCCUCUUCUGCUUCCUUUGCAGCCUACCACUAGCCAUCUGCAACGAAACUGAAAAUGAUAGGCAAGCUCUCCUCUGCUUCAAGUCCCGGCUCUCGGGUCCAGCAGGAGUUUUAGCUUCAUGGAGCAACACGUCCCUGGACGUUUGCGACUGGCAUGGGAUCACCUGCAGCACGGUGUCCCCUCGUCGUGUGAUUGAGCUGGACCUUAAUUCAGAAGGCAUCUCAGGCCCCAUAUCGCCUUGCAUUGCCAACCUGACCUCUCUUGAAAGGCUGCAGCUGUCAAACAAUAACUUCAAUGGUGGCAUACCAUCAAAGCUUGGCCUCCUGAGCCGGCUCCGUGAGCUCAACCUCAGCAAGAACACUUUGGAAGGUAACAUACCGCCAUCUCUGGGUAGCAGCCGUUCUCUUACAUAUGUCAAUCUUGGGAUGAAUGCUCUAACAGGGGUCAUCCCGGAGUCCCUAGCAAAUAGUCCAUCCCUCCAAGUACUUCUGCUCAUGAGCAAUAGGCUUAGUGGAAAACUACCAAAGGCUCUCUUCAACACAUCAUCUCUUCUUGACAUUUUCCUCCAAAAGAACAACCUUGUUGGUUCUAUACCUGUUGUUACUGCCACCUCCCCGCCUAUUCAAUACCUCGAUUUAAGCUAUAAUCAUAUUUCAGGAAAAAUACCUUCCUCGCUAGGGAACCUUUCCUCCCUCAUUGAUCUUCGUCUUACAGAAAAUAAUUUAGUAGGGCAUAUACCAGACAGCUUAGGUCAUAUCUCAACACUGGAGAUACUGACUUUGACAGCCAACAACUUGUCUGGGGCAGUUCCACCAUCUCUCUUCAAUAUGUCAUCAGUGACAUUUCUUGGCGUAGCAAACAACUCGCUUGUUGGAAGGUUACCCUCCAAUAUUGGCUACACACUCCCGAAUAUUCAGGAUUUAAUCCUCUCAUCAAACAAGUUUGAUGGCCCUAUCCCAGCUUCUCUUCCCAAAGCUUACAACCUUCGUCAGCUUUACCUGUAUAAUAACAGCCUAACUGGGUUUAUACCCUUCUUUGGGUCAUUGCCAAAUUUGGAGGAACUUGAUUUGUCAUACAACAAGCUAGAAGCAGGAGACUGGGAAUUUGUCUCUUCACUCGCAAAUUGUACCAGGUUGACUAUGCUGAUGUUGGUUGGGAACAAUCUUCAAGGCGAAAUGCCAAGUUCAAUAGGCAAUCUUUCUGAUAGUCUGGAGUGGCUGUGGUUAAGGGAAAACCAAAUUUCAGGGCCUAUACCACCAGAGAUUGGCAAUCUUAAGAGCCUCCGCAGGUUGUACAUGGAUUACAAUCUUAUCACUGGAAAUAUACCAGCAACAAUUGGUAAUUUGCACAGCUUGGUCCGUCUACCCUUUGGACAAAACAGACUGUCAGGGCAAAUCCCGGAUACUAUUGGUAAUCUGGUUCAGCUAAAUUCUUUGAAAUUGGAUGGGAACAACAUUAGCGGAAGGAUACCUGCGGAUAUAGGACAUUGUAAUCAACUCCAAAUACUCAACCUUGCUCACAACUCACUAGAUGGGAAUAUACCAAGUGAAAUCUUCAAAAUUUCUUCGCUUUCUGAAGAAUUGGACUUGUCACACAAUUACCUAUCUGGGGGAGUGCCAGUGGAAGUUGGCAAUCUCAUUAAUGUGAACAAAAUUAGCAUAUCAGAUAACAGGCUGUCUGGCAACAUCCCAUCCACUCUUGGCCAGUGUGUGGUUCUGGAGUACUUGGAUAUUUCUCAUAACAAUUUGUCCGGAAAGAUUCCACAGUUCCUCACAUCCUUAAGUUCCCUUAAAAAUCUCAACUUAUCCUUCAACAAUUUUGAUGGAGCAGUUCCAGGAGGCGGUAUUUUUAACAAUACUGCUGCAGUGUCAGUUGAAGGAAAUCAUGAUUUGUGUACCAGCAUUCCAACAGGAGGUAUACCUCUUUGUUCAACACAAGUUGACAGAAAAGGGCAACAAAAUGCAUCGGCUCUUUUAACAAUACUGCUGCAGUGUCAGUUGAAGGAAAUCAUGAUUUGUGUACCAGCAUUCCAACAGGAGGUAUACCUCUUUGUUCAACACAAGUUGACAGAAAAGGGCAACAAAAUGCAACAAAGGGUGGAUUUUAUUGACUCCCCCCGCGGCCCCCACACAAGCAGAGAGGAGAAGCUCCUGCCGCCACCGAUGCCGAGUGGGCUUUGCCCGGCGGCGCUGGCCGGCGGCGGCAGGGAGAGAGACGGUGGGUGGCGGCUGUUCGCGGCGGGUAGGGGUCACGCCCGGAUCGCCCGCGGGGGAGCGACCGGGGCGUUCGGGGUGCUUCUUGGCUCCAACAUGGUUGCCUAUGUCACCGACUUUGGCCUGGCAAGGUUUGUAUUCACAACAUCAAAUGUAGAAGAAGGUGAUUCAACAAGUCUGGCCUGCCUAAAAGGAUCCAUCGGAUACACCCCUCCAGAGUAUGGCAUGAGCGCAGAGAUAUCAACCAAGGGUGAUGUCUACAGUUUUGGAGUGCUUCUGUUACAGAUGAUAACAGGGCGAAGUCCAACUGACAAAAAUUUCAGUGAUGGUGCAAGCCUUCAUGAAUUUGUUCAUAGAGCAUUUCCAAAUAAUAUUUGUGACGUUGUUGAUCAAACAAUGCUAGAAGAUGACAGCAAUGCACAAGAAAUAAUAAAGAACUGUGUCAUUCCACUUGUUAGAAUAGGCCUCUCUUGCUCCAUGACAUCUCCCAAAGAGCGGCCGGACAUGGGCCAAGUUUCUACCGAGAUCCUUAGAAUCAAGCAUGUGGCCUCACGCAUGUAUGUCAGAUGAAGCAAAGCAUAGGCAGGAUGGUUGCUAGCAACAGAAAUUCGUGUAAACAAGAAUAAUGAUGUACUAUCUUAUGUCUUUUCCUUCUUUUGAAUUCAGUUAGACAGAUAGUGACCCUUGCAGACAAUGUAAUCUUCUCUUUUGCUCUAUUUCAGUUUUAAUAAUUUUCUU